AUGCUGGUGGCUCGGGAACUGGCGCGCUACAAGGCGGACAUCACUGCACUCAGUGAGACCCGGUUCUCAAAACAAGGCCAACUAAAAGAGGUGAGUGCCAGCUACACCGCCUUCUGGAGCUGUCACCCCAAAACAGAGCGACGACACCGCGGGACGACUGCCCUGUCUGCCGCAGGGCAUUAGUGAUCGCCUGAUGAGCCUCAACCGGCCGCACCUCUUAGGCAAAUUCGCCACCGUCGUCACAGUCUAUGGUCCCCCGAUGACCAGCCUUGACGAUCCAAGGAGAAAAUUCUUCGAAGACCUGCAAGCCCUCCUGGCAGCAAUGCCGAAAUCGGACAACUGGAUUGUGCUUGGUGACGUCAGCGUCCACGUCGGCAGAUAUCAUGCUGUCAGGAGAGGAGCGCUGGGGCCCCAUGGUCUCGACGGCUCCAAUGACAAUGGCAUACAUCUAGGAACCUGCGCAGAACACCACCUCACCCUGACGAGCACCUUCUUCCGCCUUCCCACGCAGAGAAGGCCACCUGGAUGCAUCCUCGGAUGCGGCACUAACACCUGUUGGACUAGGUCCUACGUCCGGAGGCGAGACCAGCGCGACGUGCCGUUGACAAAGGCGAUCCCGAGUGCCGACGGGUGGACUGACCAUCGCCUCAACAUCUACAAAUGCGGAUUCGCCCACAGCCUCGGAGGAGACUUCGAGGUAAGCGACUCACAGGUAAGUUGAAUCGUUCUUUGUUGUCUUUGCUGAUAGAGGUAAACAGGCGAGGUCCAGGAAGCAGUUCAGAAGAAGAAGCUGUGAUUAUUGGAACAAAAAGUUUAUUGGCCUGACGUUUUGGAAUAUCACUCGAACCCAUCAUCAGAGACGGUCGCAGAUAAAGGCAGCGGAGGCACUAGGACUACAGUAGUUAUAGUACAUAGCUGACGUUGGGCCACAUGCGUAUUAUAAUUAACAGCGCUGGGGGUCGUCAUUAAGGCGAUGAUGGCUAGCCAGUCCGCGACCGAGUAGUCAAUUGCGCAAUUUGAUCAUCCGUGUUGGAUGCUGACGUGAUGAUUACUCAAAAGCGCCUGCGCCCGCGGCCUCCCCACGUGACUGAUUCUCCUGUUCAGGGAAUGUCUAAGCACUGAAUAUGGUACGGGGAGGUCAUAGCGUUUGUUGAUGGAUUGCGGGCCUGAGAACCAUGAUUCUAGCAGCUCGCGGCUCACGCGGUCAUCUGCUCCUGCGAGGGUUUUGGCCUCUUGAAACUUAAACAUAUGGCCGGGUUACGUGGAAUGAGCCGCUACCUGAGAGCUGCCGUCUUUCUUCCUCACUGCUGCUGCGCGCUCAGCCAUGCGUGUCCGGAGGAAUCUUCCAGAGCAGCUACGUCGGAGAACCUGAGACACUCGAUCUUGUACAAGUGUCAGUUAGAAGUGGCCCAGACCAAUCGAUCCUGACUUUCAAAGUCUAUGCUAGUUUUAUUUUUUGUCCUGCAUCCACCCCGUCUUAUGUGACACACACUUCAAAACAAAAGAAGGCAAGACUGUUCAUUGAGAUUGUUUAUUUGCUGCACGCAUAUCAUUUACGCCCACAGCAUUCCAACGAGGCGGAAUACAGCGACCGACGAAAAUCCUGAAACAGUGAGAGAGUUUCUUGGUUAAAAACGCAAGAUCAAACAAAACAAACGACAAUUUUCAGAAAGGUUGCCAUCACUGAUCGAAUUCUGUUUUGGAAGAAAGUACCCAUUCAGACAGAAUAAGACAAAGUAUUAUUUGGACGCUACACUCAUGAUGGUUCGAUGCUUGGAAGGGGCUGAUGAUGCAUCUAAAUUUAACUUAUCUAUGAUGUACGGAAACACCUUUAAUCAGUUCCCUCGAGUACUAAUAAUUAGUCGAGCUGCACACAUUUUCAAGGAAGGGCCACUGAAGUGAACGAAUGACCUUACUUCGCCCACAGAAUGUGUACUGCUUACCUACUAUGAAAAUUUUCGGACCUAAAGGACCGCAAAUAAUGCAAAUGUCAAAUUAAACUUGCAAAUGAUUUGCAGCUGCUGACAAACGAACUUCACUGAUGCAUUAUGAAGUUCCGUCUGUGCCACCAGUCGCGCCAAAUUAUGCUUGCAACCGUAGGAAACCCGAAAGAUGAGCUCCUCUAAAACCAGUAUUUAAAGUCUCGAGUUAAAAUACCAAGGCUCCUUAUCGUCUUCAUAUUCACGGGAAUCGUCUAGCUUGUACGAAUGCCAGGCGCAUUUGCCCCAUAUAGCUGCAUCCAACAUGAAUCAAAUAGUUGAUUUCCAAAUGAGGGCGUUGAGGACAUUACCCAAUGGUGCAAGCCACAAGAUAACGGAUUUGCGCCGAAUCACACUUUCUUCAGCGUCUAUAGCUUACGAGUGAUGCAAACUACAUAAAUUGCACAUUUUAAUGCUUCAUUAGUCGUUGUGCUCAUAUGACACACUUAUUAUGACACGACUUAACCGCGACAAUCUGCUCCGACAGGUGGAAGUACGUCCUUAACAAUGCAUUUUCACAUCUCCCAUGUAGUGUUUGAGCGUGAGAGAAAGCCUGAGAAGUCACAACCCACUCAGUUGUGACAGGGAGGGGACAAAUUCGGAGAAAUCCCUGCCUGAGCUUUUAUCUAAUCACCCUGUUUGAGGCAUUAGUCAUCAACCAGAGGGAACAUUAUGCUCACGGUCUGCAAACUGCGAAUGUAAACUUACUCCUUGAAGUCGUUCCGCCCGCGUUGCCGCCUGAGGAAUCUGACAUAUAGAAGGGAUUGUUCACAUGGUUAAUCGGUCAAGAAGACCAUAAUACAACGUUCUGAUAAUCGGCGCACAGAGAUAAAAAGUAAUCUGCUUUAGUGUAUUUUGAAGUCCACAUGUUGCCACGGCAUGUCUGAUGCAAAUAUUUGAAGUACUCAGGAAGUUCAUCAUGCAACGGCUACUUAAGUGAGAACUCAACAGUUGGGAUUUGUGUAGUCCUUGCCAAAUUCAUUUGGCCUAAAAUUUUAAAAAUAAUCCAGUAAGUAUCUUCUACAUGCAUUGUAUCCCAGAGGCAUGGAAUUUAAGUAUUGGUAGGCUUGGAAAAAUCUGAGGGGCAUUGUUACGCCGCAUGUGCUAUUCAGUGAGCAUCCAGACACAGACAUACCUUUUCUAAUGUAGCAAGGAUCUGGACAUACAUAGUAGGAUUCCACUGCCCGAAAACCACAGUUGCCCCGCUAUACAGCCGCCUUCGCUGUCCGCAUAGCAGACGCAUACUCACUUAUCGCGUGGUGCUAUCCGGUCACAUGUGUUUGCACGAAAUCAGAGUUCAUCUCAAUAUCAACACCCCAUACAUACACUUUGCACACACGAAAACGCUGUCACAUCCGGCACUACCGAUCCCCAUACAUCAGCAGCCUUACUAUCCCCAACUGAUCGUACAGUCCCGAAAUUAUCCUGUCUCCAGCGUACCACAGAUGUAGAUCGCGCCUCGACCUGGUCAGUCAUUUGUGAAUCCGUCGCACAGAGGUGUCAGAAGCACCAACAUACACGCACCUCACUCACUUCAAUUGCCCAGACGGGAAUUUGACGGAAUGUAGGAAAAUAAAUAGACAGUCGGCGCCAAAAUGGGUAAUUUCGAGUACAAUUAUGAAUGUAUUGUGACAUCCAGCUGCGUGUUCCAUGUUAUUCCAUCACAAAAAGUGCCUGGUCAGCAAAAACCGGGACCAAUCCCCUGGCAGACAGCCCCGUUAUUCCUUUAUUCAUUUUCAGCUGGUCUCCUUUUUUCACCGCAUCUGGAUACAAAUGCCGGCCGCCAGAACUUAGCUAGAUUUCACGAGUACAUACAUUAGCGCACGAUUCACAGUCUGCAGACAGUUAAUUGGGAUCCUUCACCACCAGGAAUUCCAAACACUAGUCGUUUUGCUAAUCUUCAUGCAAAGCCAAAUAUACGGCCCGAAGUUUUACAUGGCUCAGAAAAAAGUUUAAGCAAGGCGUACACUUGACUAACACGCCGAGUCACUUGAUAACUGUCUCGAAAAUAAUUCCGUAAUAAACAGGGCAACUGACUCAGACCAAAUACUGGAAAGGCCGAAUAUCUUGCGCAGGCGGAUCUAUGGUAGUCCGGGAAUACCAGCUUGUGAAUUGAAGUCUUGAAGCAUAAAAGCAUUAAACCAUUGAUAUAGACACAACGGUUUAAGUAGGUCGCCACCAAUUGUGUUCUGAUAUUAAUAUAAAAAAUGCAGUGAAAACUUACCAAUGGGGUUCGGUUUUGCAGUAGUUGUCAUCACCGUUGUCGUCUUCAAGUCGGGCACGACGGCUGGAAAUACCGAAAUGUUUGAUAUUCAAUUAGGUCGCUGCAUAGUUCACUACCAGCCUGGAAUGUGAGCAUGCUGACAUUUUCCAGCCUGUCUACACUCAACCACCCGCCUCAAACAUACGAACGUCAGUAGCUACUCUAUUAACCCUCGUCUACUAAAGCCUCCACAUCUAGACCGCCUUUCCCGUGUAGGCCUCUGAAAGACACUUUACGGACGGACAGCAUAGAGGCUGUAUUGCACCAAACCGGAAAUGCUGUCAAUGUCUCAUACAAAGCUCAGAUUUAGAAUUCCCGGAAUCCCGCAGUGAGAACUAAAUGCGCCUAAUGUAUAUAAUAUUACCUGCUGUCCACAUAAAGGUUGGAUGGUUCAUCUAGGAAGAGAAGAGCUCUCGAUGAAAUGUCCCAGCGUCUUAACGCCCAACUUGAGGAUGAUUGCAUAUUCUGGUGCGUCGCGGUUCGGUGAUAUGCCAGGCGUGAACUUCCGAGGCCAUUAUUAGCUUCCACCAGUGCGAGAAUACUCUUGACGGCUUGAUUAUUGAUGUGUGAUGAAAGGUGUUCAGACAGUCGCUUUUUAUAUUGGUGACAGAUCACGCUGCAUCCCCUUGAUGUCCCCUUCCAUGGUCCGUUUUAUCAGACACAGGCGCAUGUGUACGAUCCUGGUUAGCCAAUGGAGGCCAAUGUUCUUCAAUCCCAUUUUGAGAAUAGCUUGAGAUAAGUGCCCGCGCUUGUAUUCCAGUCAGUCUCCUUGUUUGAAUCGACAUUCGGGUAACAGAAUCAAUGCGUACUUCUAUACAGUCGAAGUAACGCAUCUAACCGCGAUUGCGGUAAGUGCUCUUCCUUCUCAGAAUUGCUACCUUGCGAUACGCUGCCAAUCACCGACGUGAAUUUAUUUACUUGAUUUAAGAUAAUGUGCUGUGAGAUUUCUAAUGUGGCAUUUGCCAAAUGCAAGAUGGCAGACAGAACUGUAGGACACAGUUUUCACUUUCUUAUCACCAAACCUAUGGCAGGCUGCGGAGCUAGAAUGAGUAGAAAUGCUGCCUCGUAAGCCGAGGUUAGCGCUGACUGUGUGCACAAGGAUCUAACCGUAAUAUUUAGGUAUUUAGUCUCCUUGAGCCUGACACAUACUAUUUAGGGCAAUUUUUUGAUCGUCAGAUCAGUUCUAAUGAUUAUAUCUAGGCAUUAUAAUCCUUCAAUCUUCAGUUGCCCGUCCGAUUCUUAUGUAUAUAUUGAGGUAUUCCGCGCAGAGGUCAUUGGAGUUCAAACGCACAAAUGAUGAACAUUGGGGCAUCUGCUGUAGCAAAUGCGACAUGCAAGUGAAUCACCAGGCCCAAAAAUAAGACAAGGCUUCGAUUGACUGUGACCGCCAAAAAGGAUUGAUGAAGGAAAUAUAUGUGGACGGUAUUGUUGAGAAAAUAACGCAGUAAUGAUAGAAGUUGAGGAAUGCGGAAGAACAUGAAUUUGGGCUACCAGAAAUUGUUGUCAGUCUACUGAAUGAUAACGCGCACAACACGAGACUAAUAUGUGGGCAUUUUUAAUUUCCAGUCAGCAUUUCGUGGGUUUGGUCGCCUAGUGUUAUUGAAGUCGCACAGCAAAUUAACUGCACAUAUUACAUCUGUAAAGAUGUUAUAGGCGAUUUGGAGCAUAUUAGUGAAAUUCGGUCAUUAAAUUCUCAAAUGAGUCUUUACUUACGAUCAGGAGUCAUAUCUAGAAUGAGAGUGAAGGAGGCACAUAAGUCCAGUUGGGUGACUAGAAUACUUAUAGAUGGAUUAAAAAAAGGCUGAUAAAGGAUGCGCAGAAAAUGAGGAGGUAGCACUUAUUUAUGCAGAUGAAACGGAUGUCUGAUGGGCCCACACAUAGUGACCCUGUAGAAACGUGGGUUUCGGCAUGCAUGCGAGCAAAAUUGGCAGUCUGAGGUGGACGUGCUCUAAUCGGGGGAGCGUUUUCACAAUAUGCUAGUAUUUAAGCAUGGGCAAUCUACGUGGGCAGUCUCGUUUACCUAAUGUACUGAUUAGUGCUAGUAUGUGCAAGUCCACAGAAAGCUUGUCGGUUUAUGCAUAGUAUUGUAAUGUGGGAAAUGCUCAUUGUUAAGAAUGCAAUGCACUGGCUGACGGAUAACAGACGAAAUGCAUGGGCUUAGUCCGCGGGAUAUUUACAUACUAGUUUCAACGUCACGAUAUUAGACAGUGUUACCGCGUACUUUGGCCGGCAAGUAGGAAAAAUCGAGGAGGCAUGCGGGUUGGGAAUUAUUAGGAGAGAACUGCAGCAUUAAUAAAUGAAAGAAAACUUGCAGGAACAUGAGUAUCUACAACGCGGAAUUAUCCUCAGUCUCCGAGUCUCCAAUAGAAGACGCAAAUGCAGUGUCAGAAUUGCUGUAAUUCUUUGCAGAUGAGUUCCUUAUUUAAUAGUUAGCUGGAAAACAGACUGGAGAGCCGGAAUGUCGUUAUUUGGCCUAGCUCCAUUCUAUGGGCAUAAAAUAUCCGGUGUGUUUAUACGAGAAUAACCCGCAGAUUGUCUGAAGUCAGCAAUCCCCCUGCAGAAAACACUAGACGCUAAAUAAUGACUGAGUUAUAUAAGUUGCAGCACGAUCUGAAAACACCUUCUCAUUCUGAGAAGACCAGGUUGUGAUACAUGCAGUCCGUCUGAAGCUGUGUACAUAUGCGUCAAGUGGUGCGGUCUAAUCAUUUGCAAACUGCGUUCGGACACAUAUGUGUGUGAAUUGGUUCAGAAAAUGAGGAUGGAAUGUGCAUAGAUGCCGAAUAAAUGAAGAAAGGCGCAAAACGUGAAAAGCCCUGCAAGGAGUUCGUAAUUAGGAAACUGAAACUCAAUUUGUCACUUAACUGUCCUAUGCUUUUGUGUGAACUCAUUUAUUCUCACGCUAUGGACUUAUAUGUAUUUUCGUCGCAGGGAUGGUAGAGGCUUCUGGUGAAAACUUGCAGAAGGACAUUUUCAAAAUAAAGCACAUUCCCUUUCUCUGUUGUUUUUGAUUUUUCAGAUGGUCGCGUUUCGUAAGGCUGUCAUUCUGUCGUGCGUGAAGUUUCAUGGGAUUGUGUUGCUAACCGAUCAGUACAGCAAAAUCGCGUAAGUAAUCUUUCCACUUGAUCUAUCUUUAAGCUGUUUUUUCAUGUGUCUCGUUGAUUCUUCUUUGUGGUGCGGGGUACUCUGAUUUGCCUUGCCUGACUCUCGCAUUAUAUACCCAUAUAGUAUAUAAAUGUCAAUCUGUCUAUUUUUUCAUAAUAAAUGUCGGCUUUUUAUUGGCUGGAGGGAUUUCAAUUUUACUAUCUUUUUGCAUCGCUGACAAAUCGCUCAAGAGCAGGAAUCAAAUAAAUAGCACGCACAGUACGUAGACAGAAGUAGCUGCAGGUACUCAAUCAUAGUUGUGAAAUAAUGUGGGGAAUUCAGCAGUGAGUCAUCACUUACAUUCAUAUUUAUCAUCAUCAUCAUCAUCUAAAAGGGGGAUUCAAGAGGGCAUAUACAUGCAGUUGAUUGAUAGGGAAGCAUAUAUGUGAUAGGCGAAUGCUAAUAACAUGGAAGAGAGUAUACAUAGUUCGCAGUUAUUUAAGCAGGUAUAUCCGAUGGCAAUUGACCCCAUAUUAAUCACGCCCUAGGCAGUGACGCGUACAAAAUCAACCUUGAAAACUUCGCAGUGCCUUCCUAGAAAUUAGGUAGGCCUUCCGCGGUUACGAGACUGGCGUUUUUAUCAGUUGGAACUGCCGCGCCUCCCCAGUGACGAUGGUCCAAGAAAAUGCACUCCUCGUGUCACCCUUCUAGGUGUAAAUAUCUGUAAGCAUCGGCUAUGUCUGGAUCAGCAGACCAUGACGCUCGCGACCUGGUAUGCGCAGGCAGUUCUAUAGCACCUCGGCCGCUGCUGCUGGGUACACAGUUCGUGAGCAUGGCUGCCCAGUCGUCCUCGGCGUCCUUCAACCUCGCAUAGAUGAUGUCGUUGUUGGUUAGUAUCCUAGUCAUUUGCUCUGUGGAACAGGGGUGUUGAUUAGUGCACCUAGGUGAGGAGUCGGCAGCGUCUUUCACAUGCGCUUUCUCUCCGUCCUCUAGUCUUCCCGACUAUGUCUUGGCAUCGGGUUCAGAUGGAGGAGGAGGAGGAGUAGGGGGUACGGUAGAUGCUGUGCAAGUCCACUGCCACUGACUCACGUACAAUUCUCAGUGCCUGCUUCACCUUGCUGUGGAGCACAUGGCGGACAUCGUCAGUCACGACGCCGAAAUGUCAUGUGUGUAUGUGUGUUGAGGCAAGCAUGGAAGGUCUUUGGAAGGGAAGGAUAAAUGAGUGCGUUUGGUGGCCCAGUGUUAUUGAAGCCGCACAGCUAGCAAACUGCACAUAUUACAGCUGUGAAGGUGCUAUGGGCGUUUUGAGCAUACUAGUGAAAUUCGGGCAUUCAAUUCAGGACUGAAUCUUUACUUACAAUCAGGAUUCUCAUCUAGAAGGAGGAUAAAUCAGGCAUUUAAUUCCAGUUGGGUAAAUAGGAGAUAUGCGGGUUGGGAAUUAUUAGGAGAGAAAUGCAGUAUUAAUAAAAGUAAGUAAACGUGCAUGAACAUGAGUAUUUACAACGCGGAAUUCCCCUCAGUCUCCGCGUCGCCAAUAGAAGACGCAAAUGCAGUGUCAGAAUUGCCGUAAUUCUUUGCAGAUGAGUUCCUUAUUUAAUAGUUAGCUGGAAAACAGACUGGAGAGCCGGAAUGACAUUAUUUGGCAUAGCUCCACUCUGUGGGCAUAAAAUAUCCAGUGUGUUUAAAAGAAUAACGCACAAAUUGUCUGAAGUCAGCAAUCCCCCUGCAGAAAACACUAGACGCUAAAUAAUGACUGAGUUAUAUUGGUUGCAGCACGAUCUGAAAUCACCUUCUCAUUCUGAGAAGACCAGGCUGUGAUACAUGUAGGCCGUGUGAAGCUGUGUACAUAUGCGUCAUGCGGUACGGUUUAAUCAUCUGAAAACUGCGUUCGGACACAUAUGUGUGUGAAUUGGUUCAGAAAAUGAUGAUGGAAUGGUCACAGAUGCCGAAUAAUUGAAUGCCAGUCGGCAUUUCGUGUGUUUGGUCGCCUAGUGUUAUCGAAGCCGCACGGCGAUCAAACUGCACACAUUAAAGCUGUGAAGAUGCAAUAGGUGCUUUGCGCAUUCUAGUGAAAUUCGGGCGUUAAUUUCGGAAAUCAUUUUUUACUUACAAUAGGGAUUCUCAUCUAGAAGGAGGAUGAACGAGGCCUUUAAGUCCAGUUGGGUGAAUAUAAGUCUUACAGGCGGAUUAACAAAGGCUGACUAAUCAUGCGUAGAAAAUGAGGAGUUAACACUUAUUUAUGCAGCUUAAACGGAUGUCUGAUGAGCCUACGCAUAGUGGUCCUGUAGAAACGUAGGUUUUGGAAUGCAUUCUAGCAAAAUUGGCAGUCUCCGGUGGACGUGCUCUAAGAGGGAAGGGGGCGUUGUCAGCGAGUCCUUUCACAAUAUAGUAGUAUUUUAGCGCCUGAAACGUUUCCCCUCUGUCCAAUUGCAAAAUAUUAAACAUCGAAUCAAUUUAAUUGUCAUGUCGUGCCGCCAACCAUCAUUCAGUCUUGUAUGGAACGGAGUGCUUUUAUGUCUCAUGUCUACCAGCAUUUCAACAGCAUAUGGGUAAUCCUUUCCGAGGAAGGCGCUCGGGUUUAAAUUUCUGACGACGUUUUACCUGUUAAUUUGCUUAAUAAUUAUGAAGCUGACUGUGAAACAACAUAAGCAAUGGUGAAUGCAGCGUAAAAAUUAAUAUUUGCUUACAGUCGUUGCUAUAGUCUGCAAGGAAAAUUCAACAAGCCGAUUAGCUCAAUGAAGGUGUAAGUGGAGUUAACGAUGGCUCAACAGGCGCCGAUUAUUCGCAAGUAGGCGAGAAGAGUUGGCAUCCUCCAAUGCAUGCUAAUGUCCCAACUUGCAACCUUGUGCGUGCAAUCAAAACUGUCAAUGCCGGGAGACAUGCUCAGGGUGGGCAUGGUGGCGUUUCCAAUAAUAAAUUGCCGAAGAGACUGCAAUUUUCAGUGACUGGCAUAGGUAACAUUUUUAAAAUAUAAUCAUCUUCUUCUAAAACGGGAGCCAAGAAAGCACAUACAUGCAGUCGAUUGAUACAUAAGCAUCUAUGGUGUAGGCAAAUGCAAACGACAUUCGGCAUCUAUUUAAGCAGACAUAUUUGUUGACCACUGUCUUCAUAUUAAUCACAUCCUAGGCAGUGGCGUGCACAAAAUCAAGCCUGAGAACUUUUGGUGCAUUGCAAGAAUGAAGUGGGCUUCUCAUUGAUACGGAGCUGUCAUUUUGAUCGACUGGGAUAGCUGCGCCUCUCAAAGUGUGGAUGGCCGAAUAAAAUAUACUCCCCGUAUCAUCCUUCGAGGCGUAAAUGUCUGUAAGCAUAGGCUAUGCCAGGAUCAGUAAAUCAUGGCCUCGCAGCCUGGUAUGCGCUGGCAGUUCUAUAGCACCUCGGUUCCUGCUGCUGGGUAUAAAGGUCGCGAGCAUGGUUGCCUAGUCAACCUCGCCGUCCUACAGACCCUCAUUGAUGUUGCCCUUGUUGGUUAAAAUCCUGGACCUUUGCUGUGUGGACCAAGGGUGUUGAGUAGUACACCUGGGUGCCGACUCGGCCGUGUCAUCCACCUGCGCGUUCCCUCUCCCCUCUAGUCUUCCCGACUAUGUUUUGACAUCGGGUCUAGAUGGAGGAGGAGGAGGAGGAGGAGGAGGAGGAGGAGGAGUGGAGGUGCGGUAGACGCUGUAGAAAUCUAGUGCCACUAUAA